CUACAAGGUACCUGGAGAUACUCCGUAUUCCCUGGUACGAAGCUAACUUGAGAGGUACGCACGGGGUAUAUGUCAGCGCUGGCGUCAGUCACAGCUGAAGCCGAAGGAAGCUGUGCUUCGAUCAUUCUCUCCGUCAGCCUUGCACCUUGAGCCUUUCCACCUUGCGCAAGAAGCUGCCUGUCACCUUCUGACCCCAACACAGAACGCGAUGAACCAAAUACGUGCAAUACAAGCGCUAAACAAGAAGGAGAUUGAAAAUGGAAUCUCCCCCGAAGCCUCCUGGCACGUCGACUACCGCGACACCGCCUUCGUCUACUUCGGCGGCCUCCCCUACGAGCUAACCGAAGGCGACAUCAUCACCAUCUUCUCCCAGUUCGGCGAGCCCGUGUGGCUCAAGCUCGCGCGCGACAAGGAGACGGGCAAGUCCAAGGGCUUCGGCUGGCUCAAGUACGAAGACCAGCGCAGCACCGACCUGGCCGUCGACAACCUCGGCGGCGCCACCAUCGGCCGCCGCCUCGUCCGCGUCGACCACGCGCGCUACAAGUUCCGCGACGACGAGGACCCGGACGAGGGGAAGGUCGACUGGGCUACCAUGACGAGGCGCGAGCGCGAGGCGGCCGGGCAGGGGCCCGACGAGACCGAAGAAGACGAGAGCGAGCGGGGGGGGGAGAGGCCCAUGCUGCCCCAGGAGAGGGAGCUUGCACUGCUCGUCCGGGAUCACGACGAGGAUGAUCCCAUGAAGGCCUUCUUGGUCGAGGAGAAGAAGAAAGAGGUCGAAGAGGCCGUGGGGCGGUACGAGAAGGAGCAGAAGAGGAAGAGGAGGAAGGAGGAGGAAAAGGAGAAGCGUGAACGGCGGCAUCGGUCGCAUCGGUCAAGACGACAUGAUAGCGAUGACGAGAUGCGGGACGCCGAUCGCGACGAAAGGCAUAAGAGCCGGAGACUACGACGGGAUGAUACCAAUACAGAUUCGGACCGUGAGGACCGGUCCAACAGGCGCCGUGAUUCGCGCGAGCGCGAAAGAGGCCUCGACCGGGAAUCCAAGCGUGAGAGGAGAGAUCGCGAUCGGUCAAGAGAGCGGCGUGACAGGGACAAAGACAGAGACAAGGACAGAGGUGGGAAAAAGGAUGUGGAUGACGAUCGAGAGGAGAGGAGGCGGGAUUACCGGCGGCGACAUGAUCGAGACGCGGAUAACGGCCUUCCCAGGCGACGACAGUAUAAGGAUGACGAAGUAGAUGAUCGUCGAUACAGGAGGCCAAGUCGGAGUCGGAGUCGGUCAAGAUCACCUCGACCGCGGAGAUAAGGAGGCCAGCUGGUGUAUUGCUGAGUUAAUGAAUCAAGAUAUCACGGAAGAAGAAGGGGCAAAAAGAGAAGAAAGAAUAAGAAAAGAAUAAUCAAAGCUCAUAUUUCCCUAUUCAUGAUGACGCUCUUAUGCCAAGUCCCCAGUCCCAGUCCUGAUCCUCCCAUAGCCUCAUAACCCUUGCCGUGGUUCCGUCGUAACGCCAACAUAAAACAAACUGCCGAAAAGAAAAGGGAAAAGAAAAAGGGAAAAGAAAGAAAGGAAGCAAGGAAGAAAGAAAAUAGUCAAACCGGUCCACCAGUAUUGCUCAACACACCGGCACCACCCUCCUCAGUACUGUCGUCCUACCGAGUACUGCCCAAGCACCGUCUCCACCCCUCGCG